AUGCCAAACAACCAUCGGUCACGCCUAAUGAAUAUAUUUACUAAAUAUAGAGAUAUAUUCGCCUCGAGCGAUACCGAACUUGGACAGACAGAUACUGUCAAAAUGAAGAUUGAUGUUGGUGACCAUCCACCCAUAAAAUUAAGGCCAUAUAGGACACCGUUAAAUAAAACAAAAAUCGUUGACAAAGAGAUUGAUGAUAUGCUAGGUGCAGGGAUAAUCGCACAUUCAGAUCCAGUGUUACCGUUAGACAAUAUUCUCAAACCUAGACGUAAGUUUUUAGGUGAAGGUGAUUUCCAUCAGAUCGCACUGGAAAAUCAACAUCGUUCAUUCCUACAAGUUUAUAAAAAUGUCAAAAAGGCUAAGAAAAGACAGGCUAAAUAUGCAAAUAAAAAUACUAAGAACAUCGAAUUUAAAGUUGGUGACCCGGUCUAUUAUAAGAAUUUCUUAAGGAAGAAUAAACUUGAAGACCGAUGGACACCUUAUUAUAGAAUUGUCGAAAAAACAUCUUCAGUAUCGUAUAGAAUUAAGAGUCAACUCACAGGCAAAAAAACGACCAAAGCUCAUGCAGAGCAAUUACGGUUGGCUAAAAUAGACGAAUGGGACAUUCCAACUGAUGAACAAAGACUUAGACAGGCUAAAAAAAUAUGGAAUUGGUUAAAUAGAGUUAAAACAAAAUGUGCUGUCGUAAUAUUCUUGGUGAUAGCAUACCCUAUGGUGAAAAUGCUUAUAAAAGAAGGUUUAUUCAUUGCGGAUUAUCACAUUCUAAAAACAACAAAUCUUCUGAAACCAAUUCAUCCAAGUGCGGGUUUUUCGCCUGUUGGUGAUACGUUCGCAUCAUAUGUAUACUCUGCAUAUUACGAUAAUAGAAGUACUACGGCCGAGAUACAGAUAACAGUUUUAUUCACAGCUUCGCCUGCUACGUAUUUUUUUACUUGCAUCGUUUGGGAUCUUGACAACAAGCCAAUUAAAUUAAGAGGACGACUUGAAUACAUUCCAGAUUUUAGAAAACCUCGGUAUAGCUCAGGAUUUGUCAGAUGUAGUUUAGGAGGCAUUCAAGAUCGUUUAACAGAAAUAUCAUUAAUUCCCACCUCAACCAAAUACAGAUAUACCAAUAUGACAUAUCCACAGAAUAUACUAACUAUCAAAUACGCAGAUUCUCAUUUUAAACGUAAUGUAACUCGGUGUAUUCAACCAAUGUACAAUUAUACCAAUAGAAUUAACAUCAUACAAAUGAUAGAAUACGAUCGUCUAAUGGGCACAGAUCAUUUUGAUUUGUAUGAUUAUGAGAAUAAUUCUGCUUUAGAUAUUCUGGAAUAUUAUAAAAAGAAGGGCAUUGUGGAAAUACAUCCUUGGAAGCUCCCCAUUCCGUCCAACUCAGGCGAGGACGUGCAUCAUCAUGCACAAUAUUUACACAUGCAUGACUGCUUAAUGAGAAAUCUGCACGUAUCCCGCUAUGUUCUAUUUGCUGAUAUUGACGAACUUGUGGUAUCCAGAAAAUAUCACACUUGGAAAGAAAUUGUCGAUGAUCAUAAGGCAUGUGACUCACUUUCAUUUCAGAAUGCGUUCUUUUUUCCUGGUCUGACUAAAGAAUUGUUUCCUUUUAAGGAAUUGGCUAAAACAUAUGAUUUAAACACCUUCUUAUGGACGAACCAUUCGGAAUUUUAUUCACAUGGUGAAAGAUCGAAAGUAUUAGUUGAUCCACAACAAAUUUGGAUUUGUAAAAUUCAUGCCGUAAAAUAUUUCGUUUCUAGCUUUAACAAGGAAUGUUUUUUGGAUCCGAAUGACGUAUUCCUUCAUCAUUACCGACCUGCUGUUUCAGAUUCAGUCAAAUACCAAAAUGUGGACAUGUUAGGACGAAGUGAGCGACUUAUAAAGAAUAUUGUGUUGGUAAUUCGUGAAACAAAUGUGGACAAAAACUAA